UGGCGGAGAGCACAGGCUUGUGGUGGACUGUUUGUCUGCGUGAAACUGGCAUGGCCUUUCGUUCCCCUGCAUCUGUUCCCCAUUAGCAGAGCCGAGAGUAUAAAGCAGGGAGCUGACAGGGGCUGGGAACACUCGAGUUCCUGCCUGGAUCAUGGGGUUUACUAUCUGGCUGUGCGUGCUCUGCCUGCAGGCAAGCCUGCUGUCACACGCCCUGGACUGCUCAGGAGCGACACAGGGAGAGCUGUGUGUCAGCGGACAGACCGCAGACGGACAGUAUGAUGAUCAGAAGCAGCAGAGGGCGCUACCCUUAACUGAAGAACUGGUUUUGUUCAGACGUAAGAGACAGUUGGAGCGGAGGGGUCCCACCCACAUGAGCCUAUCCAGCCUGCCUGGGGCCGUCUCCGUCAAAGGCUUCCCUAACACUCUCACCCAGGCCGAUAGGUCCAGGCGGCACUUGGUUCAAGCUGCGAGUAAGAAAAAGAACAAGCGUAAAUCCCGCCUUGGAUCCUUCUCCCUCCUCAACCACGACAAGAAAUCCAACCCCCUACAGGUGACUAGAGCAAGAAGACAGGUGAAGGUCGAGCCUCCCAAGAGGAAUUCAGGCCGAUCUGGGGCUUUCUCUGUGCUGGGAGAUCCACAGAAUGAUGGACAGAACGACAGACCCAAAAGAAGCAUACAGAAGACGGCUGCUACAAAAUGAAUUGCUCUUUCUCAUUUUGGCAAAGCCUGACAAGGGGUGUACAAAUUAUCCCCCCAUAUAAUUUCUGUGUUCAUUUGGUUUAAAUCAUUUUGAUGGGUGUGUCAACAAUUACUGUUUCAAAUGUAAGCUUUCUCACUUUUAUCAGCCAGCCUGCACUUGCGGAUACUUUUUAUAUACUAUUUUAAGUUUCUAAUAUAUUCCUGCAUGUUAUAAAAUUAAGUCACAAAUGAUCCCAUAUUAAUGUUAUAGUUUGCCAUUUUGUUCUAACCUAUUUAAUCACAGAUUCCUUAUGAAGA